CUAAAAUGAACAAGUUUAAUGUCCAACGAAUCCAACCGAGAGUCUGAGACUUCCCCAUAAACGGUCUAUUGCUAAUUGGUGUAAAAAAUCACACUGUGCAAGAGUUGUUCGGUUCUUCCACUAUUGGGUUAGGGCGCCCAAAUCGCCGCCGUAUUUAAAUACACGAAUCACCGAAAUCCUUAUCCGACCACAGCAAAGGCAACAAUCAUACUUCUAUUUGUACCCAGUCUCCCAGAAGAACAGCAGUUGAGAGAAAAUGAGAGGAAUUGGAGCUUUCUGGGGAACCAGGAUGAUGGAGAUUGUCAAAAAACACGAUUCUGGUGGUCUUCUUUGGAAGCGUAUUAAGCUUACUUCUACUCGCAAAGCUAAUGCCAAGAAGCGCCUUCGUCGUGUUUGGCAGAAUGAAGCAGUGCUGAAGUCUUGUUCACAGGAGCCUUCUUCAAAACUGAACGGUCUUAACAAUGGCUCAGCAAGCACAAGGGAGAUCAGUCAAGAUUCGUGAACAAAAUUGAGGAGUAGAGGAUGAGCUUAGGGAUGCACCAUAGUUUUAAAUUUUGUAUCUUUCUAAAUCUUUCCUGCUUGAAUUUCGACGAAAAUUCACUGGUGAAAUCACAAAACCUUGUUUACCUUAAAAUUAUGGAUGCUUGACUAUCAAAUACAAAUAUUUUGCUUAACUCUUGGAAGGUUGGAUCUUUUUGUGAUAUAAAUCUUUUUUUUUUUUUUUUGCGCGGUGACAAUUCCUGAUCUCACAUCACUAGGUUGCUUUAAACUCUUUAACAUCUUGAAUUUCAUCCUCAUGCCUUAAUCUCACACUUUCACUAGAUGCAAUUUAGUUGGUAUCAUCUUUAAUUUCUUACUUUUACUGUGGCUGAAUAACCCUUGACAUUGGGUGGUCAUUUUGUAGGAAAUUAGCCAAUUAUUUUGUGGUAAUAUUGAAGAAGCAUGUUUUGGUGCAAUAUUCAUGAGAUGAAAAUGUUGAUAUAGGAUUAAAUCAAAGAUGUUACGAUUUUUACUCCUAGGUUUGAGUUGGUAUACGCUGUCCUGUAAGAGCUGUUGGAAGGCCCAAACUUGUCUUAUGUGGACUUAAGAAACUAAAUGAGAUAGCUCACUAGCAAAAGAUCUCAUCCUAUUUAGAGUAUAUGGGCAUGGGGUAUACUCCUCGUUGGAAUGCUAAGUUACCUUAGGUUGAAAUUGACUUUUUAUUCUCCUGUAGUGGUUAGUAUGAACUUUUUCUUGUUUGGCUCAGGAGUGCAUUUUGUCGUCUAGGAUUUGAUCUCACAAUUUGAUACAUGCGAGUAAUUGGCCAUGAAAUGAUGCCCCUUGCUAGUUUUAAAGGGUAUUGGAACAAUUGGGUAUAUUAUCUUAUGUAAUUUGGUGGUCCAUAUUUGAAUGAUACUGACUUUGAGGAUAGCCAUAAACCUAAGAGGCAAUUCGCAUUAGGCUAUGACAACUCCAUUUGAGGAUCUUCUUUGAAUCUUGGGGGAUUGAUCUUGAAAUCUUAGAUGUUCAAAGACAAGCCGUUUUAUUAAAUUUUAUUAUCCCAGGGCCAUUAGAUAGCUUUCAUUUAGGCUUAUAUUUUAAGCUUAUCUUACUUUUGUGAAGACGGUGAUUGUUUGUACUUAACCUUUAAUAAUAAAUAUUAUCAGAAUUUUAAAUAAAUAUAAAUAAGACAUUUAAAGACGUGAAAUGAGAAUUUUUGACCCUUUUUACUCCUUUCAUUUGGAUUGUUAGACGUAACCUAUGACACUAAGAGGUGUUAAGAGAACAGUACGUAUGGAUGAAAAGGCUUGUCAUCUUUUUAAGAAGAAAGUUGAUUAUCUUUCAUAUUAACAAGUCUUUGUUGCUUCCACAAUUCACAUUGAUUUUUGGGGAAACUUCCACUACGGCAACCUUACGUUUAAUUCACUUUUAUUAUGAAGAUUCAUCCAAUUUUGACUUUUGUUGUUAAAGGUAUUUUAAGGUUGAUGUGAUAUUUAAUAUGUCGAGGCAGACCAUAUAUAACCAUGAGCUUUUAAUGCUGGCUGAUGGCUAUUCUAUAUCAACUAGUUUCUUGAGAGACAUAUUUGAAGCCUAAUCCAUUAAAGAUUAAUUUUUACUUAUCGUAUUCUUAAUGUCUACUUAUAUUAUCUUUAAUACUUAAUUACCAUAUUCUUAAUACCUGUUUUCCAUAUUUUAAAUGUCUACUUACAUUAUUUUUAAUGCCUACUUACAAUAUAUUAAAAAAUAUAUAAUAAGUCGGUCCAAUUAGAGAUGAUCUCUCAUAAGAAUUUGUGUUUCUAUAUUAACCGAAAGAAUUAGAUGCGACUUUCUAAUCUUGUAAAUAAUGUUUUUAAUGAAUUAGCUGCUUGGAUUUUAGGAGCUAGUAGGAAGAACAUUUAACUACAAGAAGUCAAGUUUAAAACAGUAUUUGAGGCAAAAAGAAGUGUACAAGAAAAAUUCAAAUGACUACAGCCACUAGAUGAGUUAUAAUAUUGAGCUUUUAGAAAAGAUCAUUGUACGAGAUGUGGUAGUUGAGGACGCAUAUAAGGUGGAUAUAAGGUGGAUGAGUCGGCAUACUUCAAAGAAUAGAAUUUGAAUUGUUGACAUAAGAAAAGGUUUUGGAGUCUCAAAUAUUGAUGAAAAAGAGAGUUUAUGCUGGUUGGAUCAUGUGGAACUAAGACCGAAGUAUGCACCGUUUAGAAAACUGAAAAUGGGGAGGUUGGAAUUUUGAGAAUUUAGAAAAGAAAGAGGUAGGGAGAAGAUAAAUGAAUAACAUGUGUGAAGAAUGACAUGAAUUAUGAUUUGUAGUUACAUAUGACAAUAAAAAUGAACAGAGGAAGAGAACAUGCCAAUGCGUAUUGGAAUUGACUUUUUUAGUUAUAGAUUAGUAUUUAGCUAGAGGCUUAUGAAUUAUAAUCUUUAUUUUUGACGGUUUCUCAUGUUACGUUGUUUUGAUCCUUGUAUCCAAUCUUAUAUGUUGGUAUUGGUGUUUUGACGAUGCUGUAUUUAAAAUCGGGGUUUGUUUCAGUUGGAGCAGAUACUGUUUUUCCAAAGUAAGGUCUUGAAUUCGAUUCUGAAAUAAGUUCUUGGCAUUCAACUUCUCUUAAAUUAACAUGUCUUUACUUGUCCACAGAGAUGUGGUUGAUCGGGUAAUAAUACAGUCUAUAAGCCAACAUAGCUUUGUUUAUCAGAUUCUGAAAUAGAGCCAAAUGAAUCUGGUAAAUAAGUUCCAGUUACUCAGUAAGACCCCUUAGAUUAGAAACUUGCUCUAAAAUUAACCCUUAUAGUGGGACUCUUAUGUGUUAUGUAGGUUCUUUGUUUUAUGCUCAUUAGACAUACACCGAUGAGGGCAUGGUGGCGUUCGUUUGCGGUGUUUCAGCCAUAGCUUGAUACAUUAGCUCCUUCAAGACGUAACGAUAUAUAUUAGAAAUGUCUGAUACUCGAUAGUCAUUCCCAUCUUACCAUAACUUAUGAAGAAGACCCUGGCCACUAAGCUAAGCCACUUGAAUGCUUGAUAGUGAGAGAAUCAUUGUCUCUUUCGUGCUAUACAUGGUGUAUGUGGUCCUGGCAUCUUUACUCUAUUUAGAUAAAUUGAAGUCGGAAUAGGAGAUAAACUAUACUUCCUUGUGAGGCUAGAACUUCUAUAAGGGACUACUUGGUUCAUUUUCAGUGAAGUCCAAAAAUCCGUCGUUGGUGCUGACAUGUAUUGGACUGUAUUAAUCUCUAAUCUAUUCUUUCUUUUGAGGGGUACGAAACGAACAACUAGAUGAUACUUAUCAACAAAAGGGUCAAAUCGAAAUAACCGUUCCCUUACACGCACAAGGAAAAGGCCAAGUAUAUCCAACUCCCUCUAUUUAGAAGCCCUAGAAUGAACCUUAAGUUAACUUAGGUAAGAAAUUACACAGUUCAACAUUUUUUUCAUGUCUAGGGAGAAAAGUAAAGGAUGAGUAACUCUGUUUGAUCUCAUUUCUCUUCUUUCUCGACUUACUGACUAAAUAAAGGAAAUUCCAGUUUGUUAUACUAGUCGAAACGUUUAAGAAAAGAAAGAGCAGGAAAUAUGUUGUUUGUUCACCUUUAACUUCCCUUGCACCCUCUUCCUUUACCCAAAACAAGUUUUGAGUAGUCUGUAUACUCCACUCCCUAAAUAUGACAAUUUGCAUGCGCCCUUCCUCUUCUUGCUUUAAAUGGUUUAGUUUGUGUGCUGUAUUUUCCUAUUGCUGUGUGCAAACUUUUUCGGGUUCUUUGUUUCUUACUUACAUACUUGUAUCACUUUUAUAGGCAUAUGCAAAUUAUAGCAAAUGAUCUUUUAUUAUAUGAUUCCAUGAUUUUUUUCAUAAUGGUUGUUAUGUUCAUUCUUGAUGGAGUCAAAAUUUUAUGGUUCUUUACUUUCGCUUUAUAAUGGACUACAGUAAAUUCCUACUCCAUAUUAAAGUAUUUAUGCUUCUUAUUAUUGAAGUUCUAGAUGAUGUUCGCAUUUAAAAAUCAAUUGGAAACAACUAUUUUGUUAUUACAAGGGUAAGUUAGAGUAGGCGGUAGCCACUUGGCAUUUGUAUUUGUUGUUAACUGAGCUAAUCUACUUCUAUAUCUUAUUAAUUAAGGGGGAAUUUAAACCCGGGUCACUUGUUUAAAAACUUUUAAUAAUAACAUGAAAUAAAAGAAUGGAAACUGAGCACACAUAUAAAGGCGAGUGUUUGGUCCAUCUUAUACCAGUAGUCUGUUUGCCCUUAUUGUUAAUCUCUUUGGAUCAACAACUAACUCAUCUUUGAAUCAUAAAUUGACCUCUCACCUAUUUACUACUACAGCUGUAUUUUUUCUUUUUAGCUGCUUGCUUCUUUAGAAUUUAGAUAGAUGUACAGUUGGGUCUCUCCUUGAAGUUAAGCAACUCAGUGCUGGAAGCCACACUGACACUAGUGACCUGUACCAACCUCAUGACUAUGAGUAAAUCAAUAUUCAUCAUCUUGCUAUUAUUACAUACUCACCUAGUCUUUGUUAUUCCCUAAUACACACUUAUGUAGUUUGGACUGGUGCUUUAGUCUGUGAUAGAGAAGUUCACUAGCUUUAGCUUAGAAUGGGAUUAGCUAACCAUUUAGUGGUAAUUAGUGAGUAAAAAAUUGGUAGUAACAUUUGGUAUGUUAUUUUUAUUCUUAUCUAGAUGUAGUCAUAUAUUACCUUUGUUCUGAAAUCUCUCCCUAUCAUUGGUAUUUGGUCGUAGCAUAUUGCGUGGAGGAAUGUCAUUAUUAAUUGCAACUAUAAUAGAAGUAUAUUUCAAGCUUGUAAAUCAAUACUAUGAGAGGAAGGGAGAAGUACAACUCCUCAUGCCAAAUGUUAUAAAAGGUCAUAGUAGCUAGUAGGUUUUGAAUUAUUGGAUUAGAAUAUGGAAGAAUAUUAAAGAUAAAUUUGCAUCAAGUUUAGUGGUGAGUUGAUGACCAUAAUUAGUGUAUCUACAAAUUGACUUUUGUCCCAUAUUAAGGAAAGAAGAGCCUUUGUUAGCUUUUGUACUUGGAUGAUUGAAGUUGAAAAUUUGAACUAAAUAAGUAAAAUAAUAUAAAAAGUUAAAUAGUAACUAAUGUUUUAAAAUAUUUUUUAAAGUAAGUUUUUUUUUCUUAGAGUUGAAAUUUGGAUUGUUCGUUGUUACUAACAGCGAAUAAAAAAGGCGGGUCAAAAAAAAGUCAAGUUCUUUGUUCGCAGUUACCACAAAGACCUGGUAAAAAAACAUCAAAGUCUUUAUUCGCUGUUAGUAACAGCGAACAAAGAACUUGACUUUAUUUUACCAUCCUUCUUUGUUCGCUGUUAGUCUGUUAGUAAUAGUGAACAAUCAAAUUUCACUUCUGAGAAAAAAGUGCUUAUUUUGAAAAACAUUUUAAAACAUUAUUUAUUUUUUGAUUUUUUAAUAAUUUUUUGUUUAAUUCAUUCAAAUUUUCAUUGAAGUUUAAGUAUUUAACCUUGAGUAAUAACAGGCAUGU